CUUUCGAACCUCAGAAAUCACCACUCGCCUCCUUCGGUCCCUCGUGGCUAAGGUUUGUCUCUCUAGCUCUCAGGUGUAGUUGCGAGAGAGAAGACUUUGCCGUUCCUCGCAGGUUUUUGUGAAGUGUGAGACCGAGUUGAUAGAAGAUGGAAGCCACUUACAAACCCCCUUCUGAUUUCGAAUUGGAUUCUCUGCAGCCCCUUGUCGACCUCGAUUUAACUGGUUCGAAAGAGCUUUGGCUUAUUCAGUGUCCCAUGAAUCAAUUCCCCGAAAUCGAUGGGAAAGAACUCGAGGUUAAGCUAGACAAGGCUGGGUUGUUGGGAUGCGUCAAGGAUUCAUCAGGAAAAGAGUUUGACCUCGUUAGCUUUUCCUCUCAAGACGUUGGAGCCACUGUGAUUUUGCCUUCUGGGUCGGAGUCCAAAAUCGUUGGGAAGAUUUCUCGACGAGUUUCCCUCGUUCGUUACCCUGAACCCAGCGAAGUGAUCGAGACAAUGACUUCCAAAGCACAGCAGAGGCUGACUGGGGCAUUGACAAACUCGUCCAACCCAUUGUCGACCCCUUUGCAGAGCAAUCGGAUGAGAAGCACACACUCUGCCCUUCGGAACUCGACUUCUGCCCAUAGCAGCAGACACCGAAGCUCGUUGUCUGGUUUCACCGAAACACCCAAGGCUUUGAAAAGGAAACACUCUGAGUCAGUUGGCAGGUCUCAUCUCCCUGGGUCAUCAGACAAGUCUAAGAAGAAAAUCAAGUCUCAGGAGUGAAGAUUGUUGCAUUUUGAAAAUUAUAUCGUUUUUUUAUGACUGUAUAGAGUGUUUCAGAUUAUGUAAGAGCGUUCAUGAAAUGUUUCACUAGAACUCUAAUACGUUAAAUGAAGUUGGAGAAUCUUAGGUUUCCACUGGACGAAUGAUGAAAAACAGUAACGUGU